AUGGCGGCAGACGAAUUGGACGACGACCUGACAACCGGUGACACCGCGGUGGCCGAGGCCGAGGAGCCGCAGAAGCUCUCGCUCGAGGUCGACGUCGCGAAGCCGGGCGCCUGCGAACGCCGGAUCACCGUGAAGGUGUCUCGCGACGACAUCGACCGGUACCUGGACGACGCCUACAGCGACCUGAUGUCGACCGCUUCGGUCCCCGGAUUCCGGACCGGCCGUGCGCCCCGGAAGCUCGUCGAGCAGCGUUUCAAGGACGAGAUCGCCGACCAGGUGAAGGGAUCGCUGCUGAUGGACAGCCUCGCCCAGGUCAGCGAGGAAGAGGAUUUCGCCGCGAUCAGCGAGCCGGACCUCGAUCUCGAGGCGGUCGAGAUCCCCGACGAAGGGCCGCUGACCUUCGAGUUCAGCAUCGAGGUCCGCCCCGAGUUCGACCUGCCGAAGUGGAAGGGCCUGAAGCUCAAGCGUCCGGUUCACGAGUACACGUCUGAGGAGAUCGACGCCCAGGUCGAGCAGAUGCUCGCCAAGUACGGCCAGCUCGUCCCGCACGACGGGCCCGCGGCCGAGGGCGACUACCUCGUCGCCAACCUCCGGGCCAGCGCCGAUGGCAAGGAGAUCGCCACGGACGAGGAACGCGUCAUCCGCGUCCGCGAGGAGCUGAGUCUCAUCGACGGCAAGAUCGACGCCUUCAAGAAGCUCGCCGACGGCGCCAAAGAGGGCGACAAGCUCGAGACCAAGGUCGAGCUGACCGCCGACGCCCCGAACGCCGACCUCCGGGGUAAGAAGGUCGACCUCGAAAUCGAAGUGCUCGAAGUCAAGAAGCUCCGCCUGCCGGAGCUGACCGAGGACUUCCUCGCCGAGAUUGGCGACUUCCAGACCGAGGGCGACUUCCGCGACGCGGUCCAGAAGAACCUCGAGCGGCAGCUCGAGUACUCGCAGCAGCAGAAGGCCCGCGGCCAGAUCAGCGAGCUGCUGACCGAGUCGGCCGAUUGGGAGCUGCCGCCGGGGCUGCUCAAGCGGCAGAGCGUCCGCGAGCUGGAGCGGGCCGUCAUGGAGCUGCGUCGCAGCGGCUUCAGCGAGGCCGAGAUCCGGGCCCGCGAGAACAGCCUUCGCCAGAACAGCGCCGCCAGCACCGCAGCGGCCCUCAAGGAGCACUUCAUCCUCGAACGGAUCGCCGAAGACGAGAACAUCGACGUGGAAGACGGCGAUUACGAUCGCGAGAUCUUCCUGAUGUCGAUGCAGUCGGGCGAAUCGCCCCGCCGCGUCCGGGCCCAGCUGGAGAAGCGGGGGUUGAUGGAUGUGCUCCGCAACCAGAUUAUCGAACGCAAGGUGAUGGAGCUUGUGCAGGCGGAGGCGAAGUUCGUCGACGAACCGUACGAGCCGCCGACGACCAACACCGAGGCGAUCCCCUUCGCCGCGGGCGGCUCGGUCGGCGAGAUCCCCGAAGCCACCGAGGCGGAAGCGGCCGAAGACGGAGCACCCAUGAGCGAUCUGUUCGCUCCCACGGAAGGGCCACGGGCCGAGGCGCCGAUCGCCGGCACGCCCUUUGAGCCACGCGCCGCCCGCGAGUACCAGCGUCAGCGUCAGAUGACGCUCGGCGACUUGCUGUUGGAGAACCGCGUGAUCUUCCUCCAGGGGGAGAUCUACGACGGCAACGCCAACGAGCUGGUGAUGAAGCUGCUGUACUUGCAGAGCGAGAACCGCCGCAAGGACAUCCACUUCUACAUCAACUCGCCCGGCGGCAGCGUCACCGCGACGCUGGCGAUCUACGACACCAUGCAGAUGAUCACCUGCCCGGUGGCGACCUACUGCGUGGGCCUGGCCGCGUCGGGCGGCAGCGUCCUGCUCGCCGGCGGCGAGAAGGGCAAGCGUUUCGCCCUGAAGCACUCCAAGGUGAUGAUCCACCAGCCGCACGGCGGCGUCGGCGGGCAGGUCUCCGACAUCGAGAUCCAGGCCGAAGAGAUCAUCAAGACGCGUCAGACGCUCAACGAGAUCCUCGCCGGCCACACCGGCAAGUCGGCCGACGACAUCCUCAAGGCGUGCGACCGCGACAACUACCUCACCGCCGAAGAGGCGAAGGAGUUCGGCCUGGUCGACGACAUCCUCACCAAGCCGCCCGGGGCGGAAGAGGAAGAGGACGAUUGCCCCAUGCCCCUCAUUCCUUACGUCAUCGAGAAGAGCGGCCGCGAAGAGCGGGCGAUGGACAUCUACAGUCGGCUCUUGGUCGACCGGAUCGUGAUCCUCGGCUCGGGCAUCAACGACGAGGUGGCGAACAACGUCGUCGCCCAGAUGCUCUUCCUCCAGUCGGACGACCCGAAGAGCGACAUCCACCUCUACAUCAACUCGCCCGGCGGCAGCGUCACCGCGGGGAUGGCGAUCUACGACACGAUGCAGUUCGUCACGUGCGAUGUGGCGACCUACUGCCUCGGCCAGUGCGCCAGCAUGGGCGCCGUGCUGCUAGCGGCCGGCGCCGCGGGCAAGCGCCACGCCCUGCCCAACAGCCGCGUAAUGAUCCACCAGCCGCUCGCCGGCAUGGAGGGCACCGCCGAGGACAUCCUCAUCCACGCGACCGAGUACAAGAAGACCAAGGACAAGCUCAACGGCAUCCUCGCCCGCCACACGGGCAAGACGCUCGAGCAGCUCCAGGCCGACACGGAUCGCGACAACUUCAUGUCCGCCGAAGAGGCGGUCGAGUACAAGCUCGUCGACAAGGCGGCCGCCGUUGUUGCCCGCCGCUGCUGCCUGCUCGCCGUCGGCUGCAACAACGGGCGUCAGCUCCAGACGGACCUGUAUCAGCGCGAGCUGCGGCUGCAGGAAGACGAGAUCUACCGCCUCGAGGACUACAUCGAGGAGUACCAGGCGAUCAUCCGCGGCUACCGGUGCGAAGUCGCCGAGCUGCGUCGCGACCUGGCGGAGGCCCAGGAGGCGGUCCCCGCCGAAGAAGUCGCGCCGAUCGGGUCAGGCGACGUCAUGCCGCUCGACGAGCCGAGCGACCUGGUCGACGACCCGAUCGAGAUGAUCCCGCCGCCGACCGGCGAGAGCGGUCCGGCGCUCGAACCGACACCGGUUGAGAGUGGCGAUGAGUCGGGUGUCGCACCCGACUUCGAGCCGGCGCCGCUUUUCGAGUCUUCCUCGGCAACGCCGAUCGAGUCAACAAUCACCGAUGCCCCGGCGCCAGGCGUGACGGAGGACACCGUCGCUUCUGCCCUCCACCACGAACCCGAUACGCCGCCGGCGGCGUACCCGCAGACGCGGUCAGUGACCGAAGCGGUUCACACCGCGGCGCGGGCGAUCCGCGUCAGCGUCGGCCCGGCGGGUUCGGAGGCCGCCCCGUACGAGGCGUUGACGGUGUACGUCAGCGAGCGUGAGCACGCCGCCUUGGCGGGGUUCUCGGGGACCGUUUCGGUCAUGUUGACCGAUCCGGAAGCCACAGGACGCAUGCGCCGCAUCGCCCUUUGGGACUUCACCGCGCGAGAGACCGCCGAGGCGUGGAACAUCGACCGGAACGGCAACCCGCGACUCGAGCUCUCGAUCGAGGCCCCGAACGACACGCCGCGUGAUCGCGAGCUGCGCGUCUGGGUGCGGCUGAUCGACUCGGCGGGCCAGAAACGCCUCGAGUCGACGACCGUACGAUUCGACGGCCCGAGCCGCCGACUCACUUCGGCGAGCGCGAACCACCCACGACGACUCCCAUCGACGGGGGGCGCUGGACAAGCCACGGCGUCGGACGUGGUCGCCGGCGACGUUCAGGCCGAUGGCGAGUGGCGUAGCGCCCGGCCACGUCGAGUGUUUGACUCGGCAAUCCGCCGAGACGCGGUGCGCCUCGACCCCGUCAGCGUUGGGGGGACUUCGCCUCUUCCUUCCGUGGCUCUCUCAGCGGCGACGGAAGACCAUCGCGACGCCCGCCAUGGCGGCGAGCAACGCCGUCGUCGGCUCGGGAACGACGCUGAUCGUGAUCGUGGCGAGCAGCUCGCCCGUGCCGAUCGUGUCGUUGAUCGUGCGUCCCGUGACGUCCGUGGCGCCGAGGAACGACGAGAGGUCCGAGCCGACGGUGAUCAGGCCGCCCUCAUCGACGCCCUCCGUGCCGACCUCGCCCUGCGUGAACGCCGCGCCACCGCCGCCGUUCACCUCGGUGCCGGCGUCGAGGAUGUCGCUGCCGAAGAUCUGGAUCACCCGCUCGCCGACGACGUUGCCACCGGCGUCGAUCAGCUCGCCCGCGGCGUUGAACACCUGGUAGGCGAACGGGUCGUCGUUGCCGAUGAACGUGUCGUUCGUCGGCACGAGCAUCGAGAGGAAGCUGAAGUACUGGUAGUUCGCCGGGUUGAUCGGCGUGACGAAGCCGACACCCGUCUCGCCCGGCUCGAUCGGCGGCACGCCGUUGCCGGCUGCGGCGACGACGCCCUGGAUGUCACCGGGGAUCCCCGGCGCGGCGGUGAACUCCGCCGUGAUCGGGCCGACGUCGCCGAGCUCGGCGAUCGCCUCGACCGAAGCGCUCGCGGCUGCGCCGACGUCGAACGAGUCGAACAGGCCGUUGUGGAAACCGAACCACACCGGUGUGAUCGAGAAGUCGGUGGCGUCGCCGUGCUCGACCGUGAUCUGCAGGUCACCGACGGCUUGGGCGGUGGCGACGGCGGGAACCAGCGCGGCGGAAAGGGCGAGCGCCGCGAAGCCGCGACAGGUGAGGUUGUUGGUCAUUCGCAUCGAAACUCUUCUCCAAGGUUGUGUGACGUCCGCGCGCAGUCCGACCACACGGAACAACGAACGCGCGACGCCGUUCAGGCGUUGGGGGGUGACAGCAAGAUGGCAAGAUCGACCCGCGACGGAGCCGGCGGAGCCACCCGGAAUCGGGCGCUGUAG